AAGUAGUACAACAACAUAAGAUUGAAUAGAAAGAUAAAGAAAUAGAAGCUUCGUUUUUUGGUUGAACUGAAACUCAUUCAACAAAAAAAAAAAAUCUCAAACUUCGUUUAGAAAAAAAAAAAAAAAACUCAGCGAAGAUGAUGCACAUGACCUUCUACUGGAGCAAACAAGUGACUCUCCUUUUCGAUUCAUGGAAAACCGAUUCAUGGACGAGUUAUGCACUGAGUCUACUCGCUUGUCUCAUCGUUUCCAUUUUCUACCAGUUUCUCGAAAAUCGCCGGAUUCGUCUCAAGCUGUUGGCAUCAGGUAAGCCAUUUCCUGAGGAGAUCCAGGCUCCUCUUAUAGGGCGGACGAUCAACGGAAGUAGAGCUAAAUUAGGCGUUAGAGUCGCCGGAGCUGUUCUGUUCGGGUUGAGCUCGGCGAUCGGGUAUUUCUUGAUGUUAUCUGUUAUGUCUUAUAACGGUGGUGUGUUUAUUGCUAUUGUUGUUGGUCUUGCUUUUGGUUAUUUGGGUUUUAGGAGUGAUGGUGAAGAUUCUGCUGUUGUUGAUAGUUCUUGUGCAUGUGCUUGAUUAUGGUUUCUUGUUAUGAUUAUUGCUAAUCGGUUAGUUAAUUUGUAUUAUUAUUAUUGCUAUUGCUAUAUUUAUUUAUUUAUGCUGUUUUAAUUUAGGUUUGUGGUGUAUGUGAAUUUAAGACCUGGUGAUUUGGUUUAUGCUAUGUUAAUGUAAGUUUAUGCAAAUAUGCAAUUAUUGUAAUUAACUACUAAUUAUUAUCAAGAAAUUAUUGUUAAGAUGGCAUGGAAACUCUUGAUCCUAAA